AUGCCGUCUUCCAACCCUUUCAAUAACACCAUCUCUUUUCCUCUCUCUCCUUCUAUCUCUCAACCUCGUCUUCUCCGUUUCUCCUCCAAUAACUCCGGUGACGAUUCUUUCGAGUUCUUCCCUUGGUCCGAUUCCGACAGCGAAAUUCAAUGGCUUCCUGAGGAUAGAGUUACAUUGUUCACUACUGAUGGACUGUUCCAGAUCGAAGGCAAAAUGGUUCCCCGCCGUGUGAGAUCUUCAGAUGUGAGGGCCAUGCAAUUAAUCGAUGAAUUGGAGGUGGCAAUGCAAGGGCCUUAUAGCAGACGAUUUGGAUACAUUUCUUUCUCAGGCGACAUGGACAUUGCUCUAGCUAUGAGAACAAUAGUAUUUCCAACCGGAACAAGGUACGAUACAAUGUAUUCAUACAAAGACCUAAACAGCGCGAGUGGAUUGCGUACCUUUAAGCUGGUGCUGGUAUAGUUGCUGACAGCGACCUUGCGGAUGAGCACCAAGAGUGUCAAAACAAAGCUGCUGCUCUUGCUCGAUCCAUCGACUUGGCAUAGUCAGCAUUUGUUGAUAAAUAGAAUAAGAACUAUUAUCAGGUCAAAACAAAAUUCAGUUUCAACACUGCCAUGAAAAUUGUUGAAUGCGUAUAUUAUUCUGAAUGGGAAAUAAAAUGCAAUCACAACAAA